AUUGAUUCGAAGAUUGAACUGGUUUUCAAAAUUUAAACUGAUUUUCCACAAGUCAAAAGCUUUGAUCCCAAAAAAACCAAUUUUCCUUUGUAAAGAGGAAUAUAUCCGUCUUUGUCUUGUGUUUGGAUGGAAAUGAGGUUGAUUCCAAAGGAUCUCAACAAGUGAUUCCGAUUACCUUGUUACACUCCCAAGAGUUCAAUUUAUCUAUAUAAGAAAGAUCUCUGUUUUCGGUUCUACCUUAAUAUUUUUUUUUUUUCAAAUUCUGUACUGGAGAUUGGGGAUUUUCUUCUGCUUUUUGUCUGCAAACUUUAUUCGCGAUUCUCGUCGGUGGAGAUGGAAUCUUUGAGUUUGCUUUCCGUUUUGGCGCUGUUGUUUUCCAUUCAGUUGAUGUGGGCGGUGACUGGGAAUAUAGUGUUCAGAGUUAAUCACAAGUACGGUGGACGAAGCAAUAAGGCGCUGGGGGAACUCCGAGCACACGACGCGCGGCGGCAUGGUAGAAUGCUUGCCGCUCUUGAUUUUCCAUUGGGCGGUGAUGGUUCACCCACCGGUGCAGCGCUCUAUUUUACAAAGGUCACUAUUGGAACUCCUCCAGUUGAUUAUCACGUCCAGGUAGACACUGGAAGUGAUAUACUGUGGGUGAAUUGCCAAAACUGUCAGAGGUGUCCUGCAAAAAGUGAUCUUAAAAUAAGUUUAAAGCGAUAUGAUUUAUCGGCCUCCUCCACGGGUGAGCUCAUCAGUUGUGAUGAUGAUUUUUGUACCAUUGCUGUUGAUCUUCACAAUUCAGACUGCAAAAAAGGAAUGAACUGUGAAUAUUUUGUUGCCUAUGGAGACGGAAGCCGAACGGAAGGGUACUUUGUAAGAGAUCAAUUCAGACUCGAUCAAGUGUCAGGGGACCUCCAAACAUCGACAAUGAACGGAUCCAUAUCUUUUGGUUAUUCUUUCAAUAACUACAAUCCAAAUACGGAAAUUGCCCCUAAAAAGAGGUGGAUUGUUCAGUGCUCAGCGAAGCAGUCUGGACAAUUGGGCUCAUCUUCUGAGGCAGUUGAUGGAUUAAUAGGCUUUGGACAAGCAAACUCUUCAAUUCUUUCACAACUUGCUUCAGCUGGAAAAGUGAAAAAGGUAUUUUCUCACUGCUUGGAUAGUAAUAAGGGAGGUGGCAUUUUUGCCAUUGGGGAAGUAGUGCAGCCAAAAGUGAAUAGAACGCCGCUUGUCCCAAAUUCGUACGUGACAUCAAUCUUUUGUUACAAUUUUGCUGUUUCUGUUCUGGCUAUUAUUCGAAUGCAACAUUAUAACGUUAUUCUGAAAUCGGUUGAGGUAGGAGGCCAGUUUCUGAACCUUCCGACAGACAUAUUCGACGCAGGGUCCAAUAGAGGGACUAUAAUCGACAGCGGCACAACCUUGGCCUAUCUUCCAUCUGUAGUUUAUCAACAGCUUAUGAGUAAGGUCAUGGAACAACAACCGGAUCUACAAACUCACGUGGUUGAGCAGCAGUUCAGAUGUUUAUGUGUUGAUGAUGGGUUUCCAGUUGUAAAGUUCCAUUUUGAGGGCUCACUCAUUUUGACUGUUUAUCCCCAUGAAUAUCUGUUUGAAAUUAGUGAUAAUGAGUAUUGCAUAGGUUGGCAAAACAGUGCCUCACAAACUAAGGAUGGACAAGAUAUGACUUUAUUGGGAGACAUAGUGUUGUCAGACAAACUAGUUUAUUAUGAUCUCGAAAAUCAGACAAUUGGAUGGGCGCAGUACAACUGUUCAUCGAGCAUCAGAGUUAAAGACGGAAUGACUGGAAGCGCUUAUGCGGUCAACGCCCAUGACUUGUCAUCAUCUACUUUGAGUCCAUCAAAAUUAAAUUUUGUUUCUAGUCUUUUGUUUAUAGCUGUCAUCUUCAAACUGAUAGAGUGAAGAAUGCACUUUAGAAAGUGAUGCAGCUGCUUUUCUUAUUUUUUUCAUGUAUCAUAAUAGAAUUUUGAUUUGGAGGUGUUUCCAAAUUCUUUGUAUAAUAAUGUUGAAGUCUUUUUGCAACUGUGGGCAUUAGAGCACCCACAAUGCUUUGGGUCUAUUUUUGUAUAUGUGGCAUAUAAUUGGACUUGAGUUUUAAAUGACAUGGACAAGCCCAAGUAAAAAAACU